UCGUUGCCCGCCAGAGGAACGCAGAGGAGUCGGCUGUCUCCGGUGCAGACGAUCGAAAGAUGGAGCGGACAACGCUGCUGCUGCUUCUCGGACUCGCAGUGUCGUGCCGGGCACAGUUUGCUCCACCCACGGUGAACAUCAGUCUGGAUGAAGAUCCAGAAGUGCGAUGGAUGCCUCUUGCGAAAGUCUUCGACGUAGAAUACGUGAAUAAAGCUGCUGCAGAGGUCAUUGAUUCCACGAUUCCAAAAUGGUUGCAUCAUGCAGUCAAACCUAUUGUGAUGGCCCUGGAAAAGUACGUUCCCCAGCCAUAUGCGGGGGAGAUCCGCGGCCUGGCCUCACACUUGGGAGGAACGCUGUCCGAUGUCAUCCUGCUCAACUUUGCCUAUGAAGUAUCCGCAUUCUGCACCAGCAUCGUGGCUCAGGACACAAAGGGGCACGUGUACCAUGGCAGGAACCUCGAUUACCCGCAUCCUGUUCUGAAGAAUCUGACUUUUAACGCAGUCUUCCUCAAGAAUGGAAAGGAGGUAUACCGUGGAACUUCGUUUGCGGGCUACGUCGGCUUGUGGACGGGACAAAGCCCCAACAAGUUUACUGUCUCAGGUGACCAGCGAGGAACUGAACACUGGUAUAACUGGUGGAAGAACAUCGUCUCUGCUUUCCUGUAUAAGAGAUCCCCCGUUAGUUGGCUGGUGAGGGAGACACUGGAGGAAGCAGAGGACUUUCAGGAUGCAGUCAUGCGUCUUUCAAAAGUCCCCAUCAUCACCGGGGUGUAUUACAUAGUGGGCGGGGUGCGGGCCGGGGAAGGGGUCGUGAUCACCAGAGAUCGAGAGGGCCCUGCUGAUAUCUGGCCUCUGGAUACUGUGAAGGGAGGAUGGUACAGAGUGGAAACAAACUUUGACCACUGGCUUCCUCCUCCUGCUAAAGAUCAUCGGAGAGAAGCGGCUAACAAAGCUCUAAAUUCUACUGGCCAGGCGCACAUCAAUAUGAAUACACUCUAUGGGGUUUUGUCCCUGAAUCCAGUGUGUAAUGGAAUUACUGUUUACACGACAGUGAUGAGCGCAGCAGCCCCAGAGAAAUACAUCACACUCCUUAGGCUGCAGGUAAUUUAG